AUGUUGCAGAAAGGGAUCGAGACGCCAGGCCAGUUGUUCCCCGGUUGCGGGUCGAUGAAUUGGAGAAAUCUGAGGGUCGACUGGGAAUUGGAACUACCUCUGGUGAAGUGGGUUCUAAUUGGACUUGGCCCCAAUGGAAGAAUCUUCCUGAAAGAUAACACCCAUUGGCACUGUUGGAAUGUGAUACCCAACGAGUUCAAGGCGAUGAUGCAAGAGAGGAUAGCUCUACUGCAUCUCAAAGCUUCCAUCAACUACCCCAAUGGCAACUCUUUGCCUUCUUGGGUGGAUAAUAAAUCAUCCAAUUGUUGUCAAUGGGAAAGGGUUGAAUGCAACAACACUUCAAGCCGAGUCAUUCAACUCUCUCUUAAUCAAACAAGAGAUUGGGAAUCUAGAAAAGAAUGGUAUUUCAAUGCUUCUCUAUUUCUUCCCUUUAAAGAGAUCAAGACUCUUGAAUUAAGUGGAAAUGCAUUAGUCGAUUGGGUUGAGAAUGAAGGUUUUGAGAAACUUUCUACGUUGACUAAUCUUGAAGUUCUUGAUUUAAGUUCAAACUGGAUCAAUAAUUCUAAAAUUUUAGAAUUUAUUGGUGGAAUUCCAUCUUUAAAGUCUCUAAAUCUUGAAUAUAAUAGCUUUGGAAGCUCGGUUGAUUUGACAAGUUUUAAAAAAUUUUCUACAUUGACCAAUCUUGAAGUUCUCGAUUUGAGUUUCAAUUGGAUUGAUAAUUCCGAAAUUCUAGAAUUUAUUAGUGGAAUUUCCUCUUUAAAGUCUCUAAAUCUUGGAGGUUGCUUAAGCUCGGUUAAUUUCACAAGUUUCGAAAAACUUUCUAUGUUGAUCAAUCUUGAAGUUCUUGAUUUGAGUUACAAUAGUAUCAAUAACUCCAAAAUUCUAGAAUUUAUUGGUGGAAUUUCAUCUUUAAAGUCUCUAAAUCUUCAAGAUAAUAGUUUGGGAAGCUCGGCUAAUUUGACAAGUUUCGAAAAACUUUCUAUAUUGAUCAAUCUUGAAGUUCUUGAUUUGAGUUAUAACAGCAUCAAUAACUCCAAAAUUCUAGAAUUUAUUGGUGGAAUUUCAUCUUUAAAGUCUCUAAAUCUUAGAGAUAAUAGAUUGGGAAGCUCAGUUGAUUUGACAAGUCGAAACCAGGAAUCAAAAUUGACGAAUCUACAAGUUCUUGAUUUAUCUGAUAAUUUCAUAACCAACAUCAUAUGGUCUUCUCUAAAAGAAUUUUCUUCAUUGAAAGUAUUGGAUUUGUCUUGGAACUACAUGAAUGAAAGUAUUUCUAUUCAAGGUUUGUGUGAAUUGAAGACUCUUCAAGAGAUUGGCUUGAACUCUAAUGGAUUAAAGGGUCAGUUGCCUUGGUGCUUGUGAAACUUGACAUCUCUUAGGUUUCUAGAAAUCUCUGGCAACCAGUUAACUGGGAACAUUGCAUUGUCUCCUCUUGCCAAUAUCAUAUCCUUAGAAUAUCUUAUGCUUUCAAAUAACAAAUUUCUAGUCCCAAUCUCAUUCAAGUCAUAUUACAACCUCUCCAAACUUAUGGUUCUGGAAAGUGUCAACAACAUACUUUUGAAAGAAGAGGACAUUCUUGGCUCAACCCCAAGUUUCCAAUUGUUUCGAAUCCAUCUUUCUAGUUCUGAACAUGGGAGAAACACUUCGAUGUCUGUGCCCAAAUUUUUCUACUAUCAAAAUCAACUCAAAAUGGUUAAGCUCUCUGGAUUUGAUUUUGGAGGAACAUUCCCAAGGUGGUUGUUGGAGAACAAUACUAGACUACUAACACUUACCCUAACAAAGAAUUUAAUUUCUAAACCUUUCCAAUUGCCCUCAUCUCCGAUGACAGAACUUGUAACAUUAGAUAUCUCCAACAAUAAUUUCUAUGGUGCCAUCCCAUACAAGAUUGGUAGUUCUUUCCCCAAGUUAAAAUUGCUAAACAUGUCUAGAAAUAACUUUGAAGGCGUGAUUCCAUCUUCAUUAGGUGACAUAACCUCUUUAUCUAUUCUAGACUUGUCAAAUAACCAAUUAUUCAAUAAAAUUCCUGUACAUUUGGUAAUGGGUUGUAGCUUCUUGAAAGUGCUGAAACUAUCAAGCAACAACUUGACAGGCCCUAUACUACUCCCUCAAAAUAACUUGCCAAACUUAUUGUUGUUACUUUUCGAUGAUAAUAAGUUCACAGAAAUCCCACACUACUUAUCCAAUAGUAGUGGCUUGCAAAUGUUGAAUCUUAGCCAUAAUCAUCUUGGAGGUGUGUUUCCUGUUGAGUUUUGUCAAUUUGAUGGACUACAACUAUUGGAUCUUUCUAACAACAAUUUCAUUGGGACAAUACCAUCUUGCUUCAAUGUGAAAAACCUAGACCAAAUUCAUCUAUCCAAUAAUAUGCUAAAUGGACCAUUUCCUGAGGUGUUUCAUCGAUUAAUGAACAACAUAAAAAUGAUAGAACUUUCAAAUAACCAUUUUAAUGGCAGCAUUCCAAAUUGGAUCGACGGUCUUCCAUGGUUAAGAAUUCUUAUCUUAAAAAAUAACCACUUUGAAAGUAAUAUCCCAUAUCAAAUUUGCCACUUGUCUAGAUUAACCUUGAUUGAUCUUUCUUCCAAUAAGUUUUCAGGCAACAUUCCUAGUUGCUUGAAAAAUAUCCCAUUUGAUAUAGAAAAGGAAUUAAAAGUGUUGUUCACUCCUUCAAUUAUUCAAAUUGUGGAAGCACCCUUGAAGUCUAACCUAAAGAUUUAUAGUCAUCAUGGUUACUCAAUGCUUGGUAUCAUAGACGACAUCUUUCCCGCAAAUCAAACAUUUUUCUCAUUACAAGUGGAGUUCACAACCAAAGGAAUGACCUUGCUCUUCACAGGAGAGCCUUUGUUACUUUUUUCAGCAAUUGAUCUAUCCAACAACAAAUUAGCUAGCCACAUACCACUUGAAAUUGGCAACCUUGGCAAAACCAAAGCAUUGAACCUUUCCCACAACAACUUGAUUGGAGGAAUCCCAACAACAUUUUCCAAGUUACAGAAUAUAGAGAGUUUGGAUCUUUCUCACAACAACUUAAAUGGGAAUAUCCCCUCUCAGCUUACUGAUCUAUACUCAUUGGUGACGUUCAAUGUGUCUUACAACAACUUUAGUGGAAGGAUACCUCAAGCAACAAACCAAUUUGGAACUUUCGACUCAAGUAGUUAUAUUGAGAAUCCAUUUCUCUGUGGAGAACCAUUACCAAAUAAUUGCAUUGAUUCACCUCCAUUAGCUCCAUCAGCCAAUAAUAAUGCAAGUCAUGUGGUAUCAAACUUUAUCGAUAUGAACACUUUUUAUACAAGCUUUGUAGGGUCUUACAUAGCUAUUUUACUAGCUAUUGCAGUAAUUUUGUAUAUAAAUCCACAUUGGAGACGAGCAUGGUUCCAUGUUAUUGAGGUUUUCAUCAUCUCUAGCUACUACUUUGUUGUGGAUCAUAUGUAGAGAAUCAAAGUUGGUUUUCUUCGUAGAUACUGAUAAUCACCCUGGUCAAGUAAUAUUGUUGUUGUAUGUAUAUCCUACUGAACUUCUUUGUUAAGUAGUUUGUUGUUAUAAUAAUGUUAUC